AUGAGCACAGUACCAAACCAUCUUCAGUCCUUAAAGGAAUAUUUCAAGAAAGUGGAUUAUAGCAGCUGGGAGCGGAGCAGCAGGAGAAAGGAAGUCUUGGGGCAGAAGACAGAAGCUGUCCCUUGGGCUCUGAUCCCUCAGCCCAAAGCUGCUGCCUUGCCUCCCAGUAUCAAAGCUGUGGGCAGAGGGCACGGCAGCACAGCCUCCUCUGCUGUAUCCAGACAGCCACAAGCCGAUAGGCCAGAGUCAGCCAUAUCGUCAAGGAGUUUGUACUCGAGGAAGAAGAACAUUGUGGAAUUGGACCCCACCCUUCGGAAGGGGAGCAAUAUCAAAGUGCUAGAAUUGCUGAUAAAAUUGAGGAAGAAAGCCAUUGACGAGCUGGAGGCACACUGUGCAUUCUUACAGGAGAGCAACCAGCAGCUGACCAGGGAGAUUGAGGAGACAGGCAGACACUCUUUCUCCAGUGCAAGGGAAUCUCUCAUUCAGCAUGAAAAACUUGGGCAUUCUUUUGCAGCUUUAAAUGGCUGGAGUUGCAGAGAGAUUGAACAGGCUAAGGCUGAGCUGAAGGACGUGCAGGUUUCUGCAGAGAAACAGCUACACGGUCUUCAGGAACAGCUCAAGGGGGUGGAUGCAGAGGUCUUAAAGGCCCGAGAUGAGCUCCACACACUCAGGACAUACAAGGAUGUGCAGUACCCAGUGAAACUGCUGAAGAUCACAGAGAUGAAGAGAGAGCUUGAGGAUCUGAAGGACACGCUGAAGGAUGAGCGUGAUCGUGUGGCUAUGUUCUGCCAGGAGGAUAUAGAGAACUUUCAGAAACAGUCCAGCCAGGACGAAGAGGAUAUUCUGGCUUCAGCUGCUAAAAGACACUUGUCCUACAUUUCCCCUAUGAUCCAACAGAUGGCCACCCGAAAUUACAGGAUGACGAACGAAAUCGAAAUGUACAAAAAAGAAGUUAAAGACCUGGAGGAGAAGAACCAAGAGCUCAUCAGUGACAUUCAGGAGCUCCAGCUGACUCGUAAAAACAUCAGAAAAGAGAUCUUCUACGAUGUCUUCCUCCAAGCAGAUAAAUGUUCUCCAGAUAUGGAUGUGAUGCUGAACAUCCCCCGAGAAGAAUGGCUCCCUAUUUAGCUGUGGGGCACGUAGAACUUAUCUGCAAAUCAGUGUCCUUGCACACGCACCCUUUGGCUCUCUUUACACA